AUGUCCCUCGGCAACAUGGACGCGUUCCUCUUCGAAGACGGCUGCAUGGACGACAGCCUCGCGCUCGGGCUCAUCAAGGACGACGACCUCGACCGCGUCUUCCUCGACGCCAAGGACGUCCUCGACCUCCCGCCCGCGACCAAGCGCAAGAUCGACGAGACCGAGCCCGACAAGGAGACGGCGCGGAAGAACGCCAAGCGCGAGGCCUACAAGAAGCACAUCCGCAAGCGCCAGAACGAGCACGCGGACCUCAAGCAGCAGGUCCAGGAGCUCGAGGACCAGCUCCAGUUCCUCUCCAACAUGAAGGCCAUUGACGCUACGUUUGCCUCCAACUGGGAGAACAUUGCGCGGGACCUCGCGUCGCACCGCCAAGAGUCGGCCGCCGAGAACGAAAAGCUGCGGCAAAAGGUCGCCGAGCAGAGCGAGUUCAUCGAGACGCUCCAGACGCUCCUCGCCAAGCGCCCGCGCCUCGCCGUGUUUGACAACGACGAGUGGAAGACGCUGCUGCUCGUGGCCGACCCGGCGAAGCGACUACACGGCAUGAACGCACUCAUCGACCGGCAGUUCAGGCUCCUCACGGGCGUCUACCUCCAGUGCGGGCUCCUCGAGAUGCACGCGGGCGAUGUCCACCGACUCAACGUCUGCUCGUCCAUGGAGAACAAAAACCUCCUCGGCGAAAGCGUCCGCUUUGCGCGCAAGUCGGUGCCCCACCACAUCUUGGCCGAGGCCGCGUGGAACGUCUCGCUCGGCAAGGGCAUCACGGAGAAGUGGUGCAAGAACUACAAGACGCUCCAAGUCCUCGACGCCAACACGGUCUACGUCGAGUACGUCCCCAAGCACGUCCUCGCCGACGUAUCGGGGACGGUCGCCGCGCGGUACCUCUACCGGCGCUACAUUGAGCCGAGUCGCGUCGUCAUUGUGUGGAAGUCGGUCCUUGAAGACGAGCUUCUCCCGCUGGAUGAGAACGUCAUGCGCGUCCACCAGAGCGGCUGGAUGGUCAUCGAGGCCGACGCCAAGAACCCGACCCAGUCCCUCUACAAGCUAUUUAUUCAGCGCCACUCGCCGACGCGCGCGGGCAAGCUCCUCCACCUCAACGACAUCUUCCAGUACAUCAUGCCCAACAUCUCGCUCGAGCACCGGACAACCACCUUUGUCACGACGUUCAUCGAAGACUCGUUCCGGGCCGUCGAGGUUGCAUUCGAAAAGGCCGUCGACGUGGCUGUCCAAAAGCAAAAGAGCCGCGUCGCGUACCUCCUCUCGGACGCCGCGUAAGGCUAUAUUAGGUCUAGGGUUCUAACGCACGAGGCGGCAGUGUAUCUUUGAUGUGUUGCUCGACGUGCGCCCGCAGCAGCGACGCGACGUGCGCCUGCAGAUCAAGCUCGGGCGUCGCGGCGGCCUUGCGCGCCAGUGGCUUGGCCAACGCGAGCGUCGUCGCCGCCGUCACCGACUCGGUCCACGGCGCGUCAGCUGCGAGUGCGAGGUCGGCGAUAUGGCGCCAGUAGGUGAAGAGCGCAAUCACAUAGGCAUCCGCGACGUCGUACUUGAAGGAAGAGGGGGCCUCGGGUUCGAUGAGCGUCGGCUCCAUCGCCAGUGCAAAGGCUAACACGAUGUGCUUGAUCGCGUA